AUGGUGCGCGCAGACUGCCUGGCGCUGGGGGGCGGCGGCCCUGGCCUGGCGCUUCCCGCUCGGGGCGGCCCUGCCGCCGACGAGCUGCUGCCCGCCGCCAGUGGCCAGCUCCUGCCCGAGGGCAGCCCGCUGGUGGCGCCUCUGGGGGAUACCCCGUACGGCGCGGCGUACCUCGUGGCAAUCCGGCCGCCCGCUGGCAAGGCGAGCGCCCUCAUGGACGGGGCCGACCCGCCGGGCGGCGGCUUCCUGGCGUUGCCAGGCCCGCGCCGCGCGCCGUGGGCCCCUGUGGCGCCUGAGCCGCAGUCGGGCGCCUGGAGCCAUGCUCGCCAGCCGGCCGUCUGGAGUUCCAGCAGGAGCAUGUCCCGGGCGUACACGAUCUCGGGCGAGGGCGCCGAGAAGGAGAUCCACGAGGUGCGCACGCGCUGCGACGGCGAGCGCUGCGUCACCGCCGCCCGGCACGUGCUGCCCGCGGGCCGCCACGGCGCAGAGCCCGCGGCCGGGGGUUGGGACUUCCUCGGCCCGCGCGCGGGCGGCCACCGCCCACCGAACCGACCCCAGCCCAGCCCGACGGCCCCGAUCUGCCCUCUAUAUUCUGGCUCCAGCCGCGACGGCUUCAGCAAGUUUCGUCGUGAAAGCUUGUGUUCGUAA